AUGGCGGCGCCUACUACGACUGGUCCCCCGCCGACCUGCCCAUGCUCGGCGCUGCCUCCAUUGGCGCCGCCAAGCUCUGCCUCUCCGCCGGAGGCCUUGUCCUGCCCAGCUACUCAGACUCUGCCAAGGUCGCCUACGUCCUCCAAGGCAAGUAAGGGUACGUGCGGCGUGGUUCUGCCGGAGGCGACCAAGGAGAAGGUGACCCCCGUCAAGGAGGGUGACUCGCUCGCGCUCCCUUUCGGCGUCGUCACCUGGUGGCACAACGCGCACGCCGCCAGCUCCGACCUCGUGGACGCCGCCGCCGAGCUCGUCUCCACCCAGCCCGGAGCCGACAUCGUCAUUGUCAAAGACGGCCACAGGAUGCCCGAGGCCCGCGACGAGGACAGGGAGGGUUUGGUACUCAACUUCCUGGAGGCGCCGCUCGACGUCGACAUCAAGAACGGUGGCCGCGUCGUCGUCCUCAACACCCGGAACCUGCCGCUCGUCAAGGAGGUCGGGCUCAGCGCUGACCUCGUCAGGAUCGACGCGCACUCCAUGUGCUCGCCCGGGUUCUCCUGCGGCUCCGCCUACCAAGUCACCUACAUCGUGCGCGCCAGUGGCCGCAUACAAAUUGUUGGAAUCAACGUCACGCGGGUGCUCGAGACCCGCGCCGAGGGAGGCUGCCUCUUCAUCGUGCCCAGGUUCUUCGUUGUCUCUAAGAUCGCCGACGAAACUGGCAUGGAGUGGUUCUCCAUCAUCACCACCCCCAAGUAA